AAAAAGGCGUUGUUUAGGACCCUAUUCCAUUCACUGAUUGGUGUAAAGCGCCGUCGCUUUUACCAAGUCUGCAAUCUAAUUGGACAGAAGGGAAGUCACUCAGUUCUCCUGCUGUGCGAUUGGUCAGUAGUGUGCAGGGAGAGGCGUGGAUGUGCAGAGUACGAAGAACUGUUACUAGGAGGGCGGACCAACGCGGAGAAGAGACCGCAGAAAAGACCUCAAACAAACUGAGUGAAACACACGGCUAACGAUUACUGCUGCAGUCAGGAGUCAGCAGUCAGGCUGGAGAACUGUGCAGAGUGAACCAGAGAACUUCAAGGGCCGACUUUCUCCUGCUCCGGACAAUGGCAGACCUCAGUCUGAGUGAUGCCCUGAGCGACAGUGCUCCCCCUGCAGGCUCCGAGGCGCUAGUGGAAAAAGACUUUGUGGCAUCACUGGAGGCACAGAGCUUCGAGGAUGAGGUGGGCGAGACUGUGGGCAGGACUGACUAUCACCCUCUGCUGGACAAGGACGACAAUGCGCCUGAGGGCAAGAGCAAGGGUGGUGCAGAGCCUGUGUUGGAAAAUGGAGAGCAGGAAGCAGAGAAAUCUGCCAGUGUAGUAGGGGGACAGAUUCCAGCUCAACACCAGGAAGUGCAGAGAGAGGUGCUGCCCAAGGCAGAGCAGCAGCUCAUCGCAGCUGACUUCCUCUCAGGUGCUUUAGAAAUAUCAGGCCUCCCAGAGCGGUUGGGGCGUCAUCCUGUCCCUCUCCAGCCUGCGGACUGCAGCCCAGUGCCCCCAGUGUCCCAGGAAGUCCUGAAAGCUUCUGAGACCACCUUCUCCUCCAGUCUUCCUCUUACAGGGGCUGGAUUCCCAGCAGAGGUGCCAUCCAAUAUUGAAACUACUCCUCUGAAGAUGGAGCAGACAUGGAAUUUAGAUGCAUUCCAGAAACCCCUGUCCUCACCUGUUGCAGAACCCCCUAAACUACAGGCACCCCCAUCACCCGUGUCUCAGCCACAAACCCCUGCAUCUGACACACCAGGUGCCCUGCAGGAGCCCCAAGGUGCGCUGAACACCAUUGCAGGGGCUGCAGUGACAGUUGCUGCCGUAGAGUCUCCUUCACAGAUGGAACAGAAACAAGGCACCACUGAACCCCAGAAACCCCCAUCCUCGCCCCCCUCACCCAUCUCCCAGCCACAGGCCCAUGCACCAGAGUCACCCAAGUUACCCUCUCCAGCUGCCUCACAGGAGCCCCAGACCACUCAUGCAGCCCGAGGUGACCCUUGCACAUCUCCUGGCUGGAUGGGUGAGGGGGGUCUGCGUCCCGACCUGCCCCUUUUCACCCCCAGUGUGUCCACGGUGAUCAGCCGACAUGCCAGCCAGGCAGCAGAGGGUUCCCAGAGACAGAGUGCCACAGGCGGGGGCUAUGCAGCCGCACUAGGAGAGGACAGAGAGAGCGAAGUAGCAGAAAGGAAGCAGCAGAAGAAGAAGAAGAAGAGGAGACCAAGAGAUGAAGUACCAGAGACCUUCCAUACCACCACAGUGCUACAGGGGUCCUACACCGAGAGUAGCCCCAUUGCCCCUGGUAUCCCAAGAGUUCCACCUCGCAGGGAGGAGGGCUGGGAACGAGAAGAGGGAGGAGGCCGUGCAGGCCGGGGCAAAAAAGGCAAAGGCAGGAAGAGACCGCAGGAGGAUGGGGCUGAAAGGGAGUGGGGGGUUCCCCAGGAAUCCCACGUGCCCGCCCAAGCUCACAUGCCGAAGGUCUUCCCACCAUCCACCCCGGAAGGGAGCAGUAAAGUGGAAAAGGAGAUCCCUGGGAUAGGGUCCCUGGGGCAAGUAGCUAAAGAGCCAGUUAACACUCUUAGCAAACAGCUAUCUCCAGGUGUCCCUCUCGCAGGCUUUCCAAGCCCAGAAAAGGACCCUGUUCUUAGUGCCCUUGUACCUUCCUCUGCCACAGCCACUCUUAUAGAACCUAUCCGUUCUCCUCCCACCUCCUCCCUUGGUCUAGGGGACACAGCCACUACGCUUCCUCAAAAGGAUGUCCCUCCCACCAGCUCCAUUGAUCAGCAACCCCCUCCCUUCAGUGAAACUGCAGCACCUCUGCUCAGCUUGACAAUAGACUCCCCUACCCUCUCUCCUCAAGAUGUCUUCAUUCCCCCCACUUGCGAUGCCCCAGCCCUCUCUCCUCAAAAUGUCCAUGUCGACUUCACUAAAGAAGCCCCUCCUGGUAAAGAUGCUCAGAAUAUUGCUGUUCCCUAUGUCAAAGAUCCCAACACAUUCUUCGCUCCUAAAGAUGCCCAUCUGCUCUCUCCUAAUGAUGCCCCUGUCCCCUCUCCUAAUGAUGCCCCUGUCCCCUCUCCUAAAGAUGCCCCUCUCCCCUCUCCUAAUGAUGCCCCUCUCCCCUCUCCUAAUGAUGCCCCUGUCCCCUCAGCUAAAGAUGCCCCUCUCCUCUCUCCUAAGGAUGCCCCUAUCGCCUCAGCUAAAGAAGCCCUUCUCCUCUCUCCUAAGGGUACCCCUCUCCCCUCUCCUAAAUCUGCCCCUGUCCCCUCAGCUAAAGAUGCCCCUCUUCUCUCUCCUAAAGAUGCCCUUCUCCCCUCAGCUAAAGAUGUCUUUGCUCCCUCUAUUGAACAGCAUCCUGUUAUCACUCCCACCUCUAGCACACCCACCUCUCCAGCUGCAACAGCUGGUCCUGAACCCUCAUCCUCCAUAGAGAUGCUUCCUAAAGAUUCCACUGCUCCUUUCCCUAAAGAUGCCCCUGCUUCAUCUCCUAAAAAGCUGCUCGCAGGCCCCACCAGCACUGCGAAACACCCCACUUCCUCUGUGAAGAGAGCAUCCUCUUCUAGUGCAAAACAGCAAAACUCCCUUGGUAUGACGGCCUCCUGGGCCCCUGCACAGACUGAACUGGUGAGCCCCAGUUCCUGUCCUGACUUUGUCUCUGCGUCUGCUGGGGCUCCUCUUUCCAGAGAGCUCUUAACCCCUGGCACUGCAGGGCAAAUGGCUUCCAGCUCCAGAGGCUCUCAGGAUCCCUGCCUGACUCAGGACAGUCAGCAGACAGGGAAAGAGCUGGCGAGUCCCAUGGGCGAUAUCAAAGGAUGUGCAGAAGAUACAAAUACACCCCUUAGCAGCUUCAUACUUGCUACUGGAGAUAUUCCCACGGAUACCUGUGGAGGGACAGACACCGCUCUAUUCCAAGGCUCUGGAUUGCAAGAGGUUGCGGCCCCUGGUCCCGCUCUUCUUAAAGGCCUGGAUGCCUCCCAGUCUGCUCAGCCCACGGAUGGUAAAGAAUUGUCCGCAGCAGGUCCCUCUGAGCAGCUCUCCCUCCCCUCCCCUUCCAACCUGGAGCAGACAGAAUCGGGACACAGAGAUAAUAAGACGGAGAGGGAGCUGAAAUCCCUGAUGGCGGAAGUAGUGAAAGAAGAGAAGCCACAGACACCAGAAAACAAACAGGAAAAGCCAGAGAAACAAGACAAAGCAGAAAAGGAGGAGAGUGCAGCCCAGAAAGCCGAGAAAUCGGAAAAGGCUGAGAAAGCCGAGAAACCGGUCAAGGUAGAGAAAGCCGAGAAAACGCAGAAAGUGGAGAAGGCCGGUAAAGCUCCAGCGACAAACGGAAUAAGUGCUGCUCCUAACAAGACUCUUCCACCCAGUCCAGAGAAGAAGACCAAGCCUGCAGCAGGGGUAGCCACUGCACCCUCGCCAAAGCCAAGCUCAGUCAAGGCAAGGCCCUCUUCCUUGGCUACCGGGGGUACUCCCAAACGCCCCACCUCUUCCUCUUCUGCCUCUACCCCUAGCAAAAAAAACCCUGGCACCACGGCAACCACCCCAACCACUAGCACUAAACGACCCACACCAGGGGCAUCGCGCCCUGCUUCCACCACACCCCGUGAGGGAAAGGCCAAGUUGCCUGAAAGCCGCAGUCCAGAAAAGCGCCCACCAGUACCCAAAGCAAGCAGUGCUACUCCCUCAGCCAGAGCUCCACCAGUGAAGAAUACCUCUUCAACAGCCCCAUCCAAAUCACCUGGGGCUCCCCGGGCCCCAACAGUACCCAGGACCACCGCCAGUGCUACCCCACCCCGGCGCCCCACCUCCAUCAAGACUGAAGUCAAGACUGAUGCCAAGGCUGGAGAGGUUAAGAAGCCCAGCACCUUGAAAACACCACCAGGUGACUUCACCCGUCCCAGGACCACCCCGACCAAGAGCAAUGCCACCACCCCCAGCACCCCUGGGCUGACUCCUGCUCCGCGUAGCCGCACCCCCAAAACCCCCACCACCGCCUCUGCCGAGAAGAAGCCAGCCACACCCCGAGCACCCCCUAAAACUAGCCCAGCUCCCCGCACGCCCGUGCGGCCUGCCACAGCCCCCACACACGACAUCAAGAAUGUCCGCUCAAAAGUCGGCUCCACCGACAACAUGAAGCACCAGCCUGGAGGGGGGAAGGGUUGGGCAGGGCAGCGAAUGGUGUCUGCCCCUGUGUCGCGGGGUCCCCAGAAAGAGAGCAGCCAGGGGACUGUUCAGAUAAUCACCAAAAAGCUGGACUUCAGCCAUGUCACCUCGCGCUGUGGCUCCAAGGACAAUAUCAAGCAUGUGCCUGGUGGUGGGAAUAUUCAAAUCCUCAAUAAGAAGGUUGAUCUCAGCAAAGUGACAUCCAAGUGCGGCUCCAAGGCCAACAUCAAGCACAAGCCAGGAGGAGGAGAGGUGAAGAUUGAAACCCACAAGGUGAGCUUCAAGGAGAAGGCCCAGUCUAAAGUGGGCUCCAUGGACAAUGUGAGUCACGAACCAGGGGGCGGAAAUAUAAAGGCUGAGGGGGCGCAGGAGGCAGGAAUGGGAGAUGGGGCUCCUGUUAAUGGCGCCCUGGCCCAGGCGCUGACAGGGAGCGUGGCACAGGAGAAUGGCAUGAGGGAGACCGUGCCCUGCGGGGGCGACGGGCACAGGGACUCCCAGGGCCUGGACUCACACAUCCCUGAGACAAGCAUUUAACCCUGCUUUGUGCUGUCACUUUACCCUCUCCAACCCCAUCCGCGAUCCAUCUCUCUCUCCCCCUCCCUCCUUGCUGCCAUCCCAUUUUCCCUUUUUUCUCUCUCUCUCGUCUUUCCCACUCCUCUUUCUGCUGCAGAUUGAAUCUCACAGGCUGACGUUUCGCGAGAACGCCCGGGCACGCACGGACCACGGCGCAGACAUCAUCUCUCGCUCCACCCUGGGCAGCAGUUCUACCCCCCCGCACCGCAGUGUCUCUCUGAGUGACUCUCUGGGGUCCUACAGCCUCCUCCGCUCCCCCCCAGCCCCCCUCACGUGACUACACUGGGACAGGGGGACAGCGGGUUUCUGGCAGGACAAGGAACUUGAUUUCAACUCCCCAUUACCGCCUGACACACUACCCCUCCCACUCCCCUUGUCACCAUCUCUCGUUUGUUUGCUUAUGCAGUCUUCUCUCUCAGUCUGCUUCCUUAAUUCACUCUCUUUUGAGUUGUGAGGUUAAGAAACCAGGAGCUCCAUGGCAGAUAGCUCUUGAGCUGGGGUAAUGUGGCCAUGCGAGAAUAGCCUGGGGGUUUCUGAGAAGCCACUGUCCCUAAAACACCUUGACCUAGUUAGAUAGGCUGUAUUUAUUUAUAGACCCUAUCUUUCCUGGGCCCAACUCCCUCAUCCAUGGUAUAAACUCAGGACAAAUGCUGUGCCGCAUAGAGCAUGACCUUAACAGGCACUGGCAGUAUCUGAGUCUUAGACCCUGGGCCAACACCAUCCAUUUGAGAGUACACACCCAUGGUCAUACCCUGCCCUGUCUGCACCUCAGACCUGCUUCUUAUAUCAGCAGUGUAAAACCUAGAGAGGUAAAAAUCUAUUUGCCUUUUUCCAUCAGCUUGCUAGUGCUCGUAUAGCGAAUGACUUGUGCACUUUUACCCGUUAACUCAAAAACAUCCUGAGGUGUAGAAGUGAUCAGAGCAGCGUUCCCCCCAUAACAGUCUGCCUUGUUGAGUAGUCAUGCAACCCCUGAACUCAUGACUUGUUCUCCCACCUCACAACCCUCACACCACACUUCACUCUCCCUCCCACAAACAACACUCAUGGCUCCUAGCAUAUGUAGACUAUUUACUACAUUUGAACUGUAGACUUCAUACUUUAAAUUCUGUGUUUUGUGGUGAAGUGUUUUGAAUAAUUAAUGUAACAAUGACCUGUGCUAUGUUAAGACUUGUUUUUUUUUAUUGUAUAUGUAUUUCUCUUGAAGCAAUACUAUGGUCCUUGCUCAAGGUGGGAGAAUGCAGGCAUGCACAUGUUAGACAGUGCACAGAUAUUCAGAUACGUUUCCAGUUAGACGGCUUGUAGACCCCAGCCUUGCAUGCUGCAGUGUGUGAGGGAAUGAUGCUUCUGUAAGGGUUAUGCUUUAUGGAGAAAGGUUAAAGGUCAUAUGACCACUUGUCUGAGAAACUAAAUCUAAAAUCACUAAUACAUUUUCUGACAUAACUAGAUUAGUCAGAUAUCCCACAGACACCAUCAUACUAAGAUGUAAGGAGGAAAUGUGUUAUGCAAACAAGCAUCUGCACAUUAGAAAUUAACCAAAGCACACAAGGACAUCAGUAAUAAAAUGUGAUGGUUGUUUGUAAAAAUAUUUAGUUUCGUUGGAGAAGUGUCUAUAAGUCCUUUAAUAGAGCAUGUCGCUGCUGGAGUUGUGAAGAAAGAAUCACUGAUAUAGACCAAAAGAUGGAAGUAAAGAUUAAUGAUGGUAAGUGCAGAUGAGCUCAUUUCUGCAGUGACCAGCUCGCUGCAGGAGAUCUUAAUUCUAGUAUUUGUAGGGUAUGUUUUGGUGACGAUGUGUAGCUAUCACUGCUGUGGUGGUAGAGUGCAUUGAGGAGAGACAGUUGAGUUGUGUUGAGUUGAAGGGAGACAGAUGGUUGAGAUGCAGAGCAGAGCUGAGUUCUAGAGAUAUUCCACCAGUUUCUCACACAGGGGUACAGCCCAGUGCGGCACUUUUUCCAAACCUGGGGUCCUAUAUUACAUACGCACUUCCCGUCUACUGUGUUUGUCUGCACAGUGCUGUUUUCUGCUUUACCUCCUCAGUCAGGCUCUGCACUGAAUUAACGCACUGAGACCCAGUAUAACACCAGCACCACCCAGAAACUGGCGGCUGUACAACUUAAAACAUGUCUCGGUAUAUAAAUUCACCUUAAAGCAUUUUGAACUAGGAGAUAUAAUAGUGCUAUAAUUAAAAAAGUAUCAUGACAACAAUAUGCAGACCAAAGAUAUAGUCUGGAGUGGGGUAAUCAGAUGUCUUAUUCUUUUUAUUAUGUUUUAGCACUAUAUAAAGUGAUAGUUUUGUUUUGUAGCUCUUUGCAUUCAUUUCUGGCCUUUCAAUAGCUGCUAUUCACAAACAUUUGUCCCUAAUGUUACAGCUUGUCCACUACAGGGUUAGUGUUGUAUAGUUGUUAGAGUCAGGACAUGGAAUUUAUUUUUCUGGUGAAAGUCUCAGUCAGAGCGCAGGUGUCCUGGUGACACUUACCACCAAUACUGGGUCUCCUGUCUAACAAUGAAACAGCAAAUGAAACAUUUUCUGUUUCAAGAGUUACCUGGCUAAAGCACAGCGGAACAUUUUGCUGUACUAGAUGUGUAGUAUUGAAUUGCUGUUCUGUUGGAUCUAAGUAGCUGAGUUGAACUAUUUCAUGGUCCUUUUAACCAGAAGGGAAUGGUGAACUCAGCAGAAUGCAGCUCUGUUCUGUGAUGAGGUGGAGGACAUUGGAAGUGAUGGAGGGAAGGAGAGGGAUGGGGGUGUACUUCAUGUCUUGGAACAGACACCUCUCUUAGAUCUUGGUGCUGAAGUGCACCAAGUGAUGUAGGAGAAAGCUCUUCCCUUUAGUUUAAAUUAAAGUAAGGCAAUAAAAGUUUUGGCACUACCAGUGAUCAAAAUGAACUUGGGAGAGAAGGGGAGAUAAAGCUGUAAGAUAAACUGUUUCACUUGCUAACUGCUUGUCUAAAAGUGCACAUUACAGUAGGUACAGUUGUCUCCAAAUGUAAUCAUACCGUUGAUUAAGUUGAAUUAGCAAAGAGAAAACAGCUGUGUGUUAAGUAUUUUUAAAAAAUAAAAACAAUAUGGCCAUCAGCAGAAUGCAGCUCUGUUCUGU